CAACCUCAUGCCUUUCUCAGCUCCCUCUUCCAAAGACUUGAAGACCUUGAACCUGAUUUCCCUUCCCCUGAAGACCUUCAGGGACUUGGAAUCCAAACAUUUGAAGUGCCCUUCGACCCGGACGAAGAAACUCUCAAAUUUAACCCGUGCUUCUUUCGACCACACCCAGAUAAACUCCUUGAAAAAUAUCCUAUCCGUCCUGAUGUGGAAGAGGAUUAUCCUGAGACUGUUAUGAAGAUACCACCUGCCCGCACCAUACAGGAAUACAUCGCAGAUUCCCCGACGAAAUAUCCCCCACACACCGCUCCAAUACUUGAGAAUCUCACGGAGGAGGACCGUGAUGAGUAUGAGAUGGACAACUUUGAGCCGGACUACAAAGCAGGUGAUCCUUGGCCUUCGGAGGGCUAUUCAGCACCAAGGACAUGGGGAGUGGUCAGUCCUUACCGAUACACCGAUCGCCCGCUCAAGCCUCACUCGCUUAUGUCAAGUCUUGCUCACAUUCGUCCUACUGAUACAUGUCGAGGAAUCACUACACAUGAGCUGAGAGCUAUCGUGUGCACGAUGCUCCUUCGAGCACGUCAUAAACCAUUCCAUAGAUGCCGCAUUCAUCUCCAGUCGUGUUAUCGUGUGAUGGUUUUGGUCUUCUCUUACAUGGGUGCUCAACAGGGGAGAAUCAUUCAGGCUUUGUAUGAUGGAAAGAAGAUGACCUUGCAGUGCUCGCAACUAUGGAACUUCGGAGACGAAAAAGCUCCACUGGAAUUGUUCGUUCGGUAUCGUUUGUCUGAGCCAGUCGGUGGUACCUACACAUUGUCUAUCCGAAGGUGA